CCGCUGCCGGCGGAGCUGCGCGGGGUCCCCGCGGUGCUGCUCCGCUCCGGGCGGGCGGCUAAGGCGGCACCAUGAAGAGGAGAGCAGGGGAGCGGGAGAAAGAGCUGAAGAAGAAAAAACUUCUUGAAGAACUUGGGGAGAAUAGACUUCCAUAUCUGACACCAGCCGAUGCUGAUUUCCACCAGCUGUGGAAGACCAAGUAUUCCAAGCUGAUUUUCAGGAAAUCUGAUGCAGUACCUGAAGAUCUCCACCACAUGGUACAAGAAAGCUUUCUGGCCUUGCGAGAGCACAACUGUUUCUUUCAAGAUCUUGUGAGGAUCAAAGGAAAAGACUUUCUUACUCCAGUGUCUCGUAUAUUAAUUGGAAACCCAGGAUGCACUUAUAAGUACUUGAACACAAGAUUAUUUACAGUUCCUUGGCCUGCAGAAGGUUAUGACAUAAAAUAUUGCAGUCCUCAAAUACGUGAUGCGUGUAAAGCAUUAAUGAGACUUAAUGACUACUUGCAUAUUGAAACAGUCAAGGCAUUGCAAGGACAGAAUUUGUUUGAGAACAAAGAAAUUAAAGAUACUUCUGGAAUAGAUAGGAAGCAAAGUUUUGCUACUUCUCUUACAGAGCAAGGGUCUGUUUCAAAAGAUCAAAGCAGUGUUUGUGUAUCAGAGGAUGACAGAAGUCUAAAGAGCAGAACAUCUUAUAAUUUGACUUUAUUAAAUUAUAUGGAUCCACUACAAAUGCUGUACUUGAAACAAGAGCCUUACUUUGGAAUGGGGAGCAUGGCAGUGAGCUGGCACCACGAUGAGAACCUGGUGGAAAGGUCAGCAGUGGCUGUGUACAGUUACAGCUGUGAAGAUUCAUCUGUACAAGAAAGCAAGGAGCAGGAACUGAAGGGAAGAGACCCAGCUGUUUGGCAUGUAGGCUUGAAGGUGGCAUGGGACAUAGAGACACCUGGCUUGGCAGUGCCACUUCACCAAGGAGACAUCUACCUGAUGCUUGAUGAUCUCAAUGUGACCCAUCAGCACUGUGUUCUGGCUGGUUUAUCCCCUCGGUUCAGCUCCACUCACAGGGUGGCAGAUUCUUCAAGAGGAACAUUGGAAUACAUACUUGGACAGUGUGAACUGGCACUCCAGAAUUUACAGACUGAUUCUGAUUCAAUGGCUUUGUCUUUGAAAUCACUGGAAGCUGCAGUGGUGAAGCAAGUAGAAGAAAUACAUAAUGAGGUUGAAUUUGAGUGGCUUAGGCAGUUUUGGUUCCAAGGCAAGAGGUACUUGAAGUGCACUGAUUGGUGGCUUAAGCCUAUGGCUAAAUUGGAAGAAUUUUGGAGAAAACUGGAGAUUAUGACAAGUCUGGUCCUCUCUGAGGUGAGAAAAGAGCAACAAAUUGAGGAACAAAGGAAUGAAACCAUCAGCUGCUUCCUGCUCCUGCUUAAGGAGAGACAAAAGCUGCGUAAAGAAUGGACAGCAAGAUGCCAGUCAGAUGCAGCAGAGAGCUUGCCAGAGGACCAGAGACCAGAAUGCCAUCCCUUCUGGACAGAUGAUGAUGAAUGUAAUAUGCCUCUGCCAUAUGAUCUAGAAGAAGUAAUUGCUUAUCUACAAAAUCUUGUUCAAUGGAUAGAAUAACAAGUGACCUUCCAGCCUAGAAUUAUUGAUGCUGGUCAUCUGGGGAGAAGCUUUGUUAUCAUAAAUCUUUUAAGCUUUAUGAUUUCUUGAUUGUGUGUUAUUUUGUUUGUCAAUGCAGAUUUUACCAGUCUUUAAACAGUAGCUUAGUUACUGUCUCAUAAUAAAAAGGACCAGCCCCCAAA